AUGAAUCCCCCUAGUACCACACUAUCGCCAGAGUCAUCGCAAAGAGGUCGCCAAAGGACAAGGCAAUCGGGAGAGAGCGCAGAGGCAACCGUAAAGCCGAAGAAGGUCAAUAGCGAGAUCCGAAAGCAACAAAACAGGAUCGCUUCGCGUAACUACCGUGAAAAGCGUAAACGCAAGCUUCAAUAUCUCCAGCAGUUGAUCAGUGAUGAGACAGACGAUCAUCAGGGACAUGAGCCAUCUCCCGAGCAACAAGAAACGUAUACGCCCUCACAUUCAAGAAACCACAGCACCAUAGGAUCAAGCUUAUCGCCUUACCAAAUGCCUUCCAUGCCUUCCAACAGUGGCCUUAGCUCUCCAGGAGCUAGGAGUAAAGCUUCACAGACCCCUAUCAUGGCAACCACAACCCCAUCUUUUGGUGGCCAACAUGGUACCGCAUCACACGCAUAUGGUGUCUAUUCUUCAAACUGGAACGCAAAUCCCUACUCUCCGCCGCCACCUCCUCCAGCAACCACUGCCUGGAACGUGCCACCGGCUUGGACAUUGGGAUUUGAGCAUCCUGUCCAGACCUCUCCACAGCCAUCGUUGUACCACUACAGUCCUGAGCCUCCAGCACCCAUAUCAUAUCACCAGCAAACACAGAAUCUAUCACAACAAUCAUAUGAGUACCUCUCCAACGCAUACGACUAUGGAUAUGGCUCAUCACUCGGGCCACAACACCAGGUAACCCACAAUCCCCAUUUUCCGAUUGGACAUGAGCCCUUUACGUUUGAACGAUUCGUUUAUAUUUGA